GAUUCACCGUUACUACCUUCCGACUUCGGGGAACCAUAAGGCCAAAACAUUGAAUCGAAGACACGUCAGAGAAAACUAAAAGAUAAGGAUUCACUGACUCAUUAGACUGUUUUCACAGGUUAUAUGGACAAUUGGACAUAUCCAGCAUAGUGAGAAAGGGACUGUCUUUGGAAAGUCCUGAAAGAAAUACAAGAUGGCAGAACCAGUGAUCUUCCAAAAGUUUUUGCUAAGGCUGAGUAAAGAAUUCAGUCCUGAAAAUAUCCAAGAAAUUAAAUUCUUAUUACUCCCCGAUGAGCAUGAAGACGAGCCAUCGACUGGAGUCGAACUGUUAAGGCGACUGCAAAAACAUGGGAAGUUGAGUGAAAACAAUGUGGAAGGAUUCAUUAGUUUGUUACGGGAUAUUGACAGAGAUGACCUAGCUGAGAAAGUGAAAGAGUAUAAAGUGAAAAACAUUAACCAAGGACCAAUUGGAGUUGGUGCUUCUGUCGCAAAUGUCAAUGUAGCAAUGUCGCAAUUUAGCAAUGCAACAAGGCAACAAGUCUCCACACCAAUGGCUGUCGAACACGAUGAAGGUGUCCAUAAUACUACGCUGGAAAAUGCAACAGAAAACACAUAUAACACAUAUGCCAGUGAGAACCUUUCAACUGGCUUUGUUCUUGAGAGUGAUUCACAGUCAACUAACGAGAAUGUUACUGUGGCAGCAUAUGAUGGUAAUAUUAUGGACGAACCAAAAUCAUCUUAUUUCGAUGAGAAUCAAGUAAAAGACCUCAGUAUAUCUACUAUUGGGAGUAAUGCUGAAAUCUUGUAUCUUCAAGGACCAAUGGACCAAAGUAUCACAGCUGCAACUUCUCUGGCGAACGUUGAAGCCUUUGGAUCCGAUUACCACAAUGAUCAGGUGCGAGAGUCAAGUAGCUCGAUCGUAUCAAGUAAUGCUGAAAUUCCAGCAGUAUAUGAUGGUGCGUUAAUGGACGAACCAGAAUCAUCCGAACCACCCCUUAGCACCCCAAUGGACAUUGAGCAAGAAUCACGUGUCCUCAACAAUGCUGAAGUUGAACUUCACAACUAUCAAAAGUGGCUUGCUUCGCCUAGUUUAAAGAAAUCAAACACAAUCAUUUGUUGUCCAACAGGAAGUGGGAAAACACUGACUGCAGCACAUAUAUGUUAUGAACUGCGAAAAGAGGCAAUGAUUUUGAAUAAGGAAAAGGCAUUUAAGACAGUUUUCAUUGUACCCACAAGGAAUUUGAAACAACAGCAAAUGGACAAUUUUGAUAUGAUGCCAUUCGAACCGAACACUCUUGAAGUACUUGAUGAUAUGGCGGACGUUUUAGAUGUCAUUAAAGCUCGAGACAUUGUCUUUAUGACCGCUAAAGUGCUGGUCAAUGCACUCGAAUAUACAAGACUUGAAAUAACUGAUUUGGACUUGAUCAUCAUGGAUGAAUGUCAUCACACAGACAAGGGUCACCCCUACAACGAAUUGAUGCAAAACUUCUACUUGGUUGAGAAGGCGAGACAAGUCGAUCAACGAGGAUCUUUACCACAGAUUCUAGGCCUGACUGCAACACUUGGAGUUGGUAAAGGUGCACGCCCAAUUGAGCACUGCAUCAAGAUGUGUGCGAAUUUGGAUUGCCUAACGGUUACUCAUCUCACUAAAGAGGAGCACCUGACAGAAUUAAAGCUCCACAGACCCCCAUUGAAAGCGGACGAGAUAAGAGCUGUUCCAUCAAGAUCCUCUCGUGAUCCAUUUCUUCUGUUACUACACGACUUAAUGGACCAUAUUUGCGAGAAAUAUGGGCUUUCAUGUGAGCAUGCAGAGGGUUCACAAGGAUAUGAAACUUGGACUGUUGAAACCAGGAACAAUGCAGAAAGUGCACAGAACUGGGAACGUGCAGCUGCAGCGUCGUUUUUAAAGAUGUACACCAACGCUAUUGAGUGUACGUAUAAUCUCCGUAGACGAGAUGGAUUGCGUCUAAUCAAGAAUAAGUUAAUUGAAUUGUGUCCAAAAGGUCAAACAGAACAGCCAUGGGAGGUUGAACUACAGCGUAGCUUGGACGAGAAGAUGGACUUGCUGAUAGAAUUAUGUGAUGAUAAAAGAGAUGAAAACCCAAUGGGGACGGACUUGGCGAACUUGCUAAUCAAGCUUAUCGGUAAUCCAGAUGCGAAAGGUCUCAUACUGACACGGACAAAAUAUUCAACACAAGCUUUACUAGAGUUCAUUAAUGAGUCGGCCAUUCCCAAUGUGCGGGUGGGAAGGAUUAUUGGACAAGGCCAGGGAAGCAGUCAAGACUCCCAGACUGAUAAACGUCAAUUGAAAGUCUUGGAAGACUUUAGAAACGGUACUAUAAAUGUGCUUGUUGGCACUGAUGUUGUGCAAGAAGGCCUUGAUGUUCCGAGGUGCAAUUUCGUAAUUCGCUAUAACUUUGUUUCCAAUGAAAUUGGAUCUGUGCAAGGAAAAGGACGAGCUAGGCACGUUGAUAGCGUUUGCUACUUAAUUGUACCAAAGGGAUCCAUAAAUGAAGCGCGAGAGAGGGAGAAUACACUAAAGGUUGAGCUGAUGAAGGAAGCCUUAAAAGAGCUAGACAGAGAAAAGAGAGACAUUUUAGAGGAGAAAAUCAGAAACAAACAGAAAGAAAAUUGGGAUGAGUACCUUUUGAAACAACGAGAAAAGAGAACGAGGGUGUAUGAUAUAACCCCUGAUGCUGUUACGCUGUUUCACAAAGGGGAGUGUGGAGUAGAACUGUGUAAGGGAAGUGAUAUCAUCAGGAAAGGAACUGAUUAUAUUUGCAUUGCUCCAAGUUUCAUCAAUGAUAAAAUUAAGGAAAGUCCAGUGUGGCGGCAGAACUUCAGAUACGACUCGCUUAUAGGAGCUAUUGAGUGCAAGAAGUGUGGCAAAAAGCUUGGAAGUUUAAAGGAAUACAAAUUUGGAGGAAGGAGAAAGGGACAUAUACUAGCGAAUAAAAGUGUUAUGUAUUCCGUAAAUGGAAAGAAGACGCUUGAACACAUAAAGCAAUGGUCAAAGGUGGGAUGGCAGAUCCAGGAGGAACCACUCGAUUAGUUGUAAAGCAAAAACUGCAUUGUCUUUCACCUUAGAAAUUUCUGGUUGACAUUUGUCUGAGAUUGCAAUGUCUUAGAAAUGGAAUUUAGGUGAUGAAAAACCACAUAUGACAACAUUGAAAACGC